AUGUUUAGACCACUUUCGACAUCAAAAGCAAUCCAUCUUCUUAAUUCAGCGAAAAAUCAACCAUCAAACAAAAGAAAUAGCAAAUCAAAUCGAAACGUUCAAAAUAAAUAUAAGUACAAUGCUGAAAAAUUAAAUCUAAGCGAAAAAACAAUACCUCAGUUAAAGGAAAUUUACGAUCAACCAUUUGAACGUUAUAAAGAUGCUAUUGACGAGAAUAAAAGACUACAGAACAAAAGAUUUGCCGUUAUUCAAAGUAUAAAUCAAAUUCGAAAAGAAACAUCUACAAUUGAAGAAAGUAUUCAAAGACAAUCUACAUUAACUCCAAUUCCAAAAGAAAAAAUGCUAUUUACCGAUUAA